AUGUCUGUCGCACGUACGAUGCGAUGUGUCUUCUGCACCUUCAAGCAGGCGACGAGACGGCCAGGGGUGUCGAUAAGCCGCAGGAUACAUGCUUCGUCUGCUGUUCGACAAUCAAACAAGGACGAUGGACUGCCCGAUGAUGACCUACCUGACGAUGGACUACCUGACGAACUCAAUAACAUCAAGCCUCUUACGAAGCAGCAGAUUCGAGAAAACUACACUCCCGCGCAAGCAACAGCCAUCGAGGCUACACAAGCGAACCUGAAAUUCGAUGCCCAAUACCAAGCCACAACGCGCAAGAACGUAGGCCCUUGGAAGAUGUACUACCUAGAAAACUUAACCGAGGUGGAUCCUGUGCUUGACAAGCCAGUUCGUGCUCCUUGGACAAACCUGGACGAUAACAGCAGGCUAAAAACGGAGGAUGAACUGGAUGAGGAUAUACUAGGGUUUAUGGAGAACAUGCCUGAGAACGAAAACGCCGCAGCAGACGCCUUUCAGAAUUUCCUGGAUACAAACCGUAUCACUGUCGGCAAGGAAAGCGCAGAGUUUGCGCCGAGGAGUGCGCUCGCUCCUGACACGACUCAGGUUUAUAAGAAUGACUCUACCCAGAAGGCCAAGUCGGAAGAGUCGAGCAAGGCAAUGAGUGAUGAGCCGGAAGUGGAAGGCAUGUCCGGCGAUGUCGUAUCUCCUGGUCUGUUGCGAGUAAUGCAAAUGACGGGCAUGAGUCAGACUGAACUCGCUAGGCUGCGCGUCAAGUCUGUUGUCUCGCACCGUGUCGUUAACCAGACAAGGUUAGGCAAGAUUCAAAAACAAUAUUGGUUGUCAAUUGCCGGAAACCAGAACGGUCUGCUGGGAAUCGGCGAAGGGAAAAGUGAAGAGGCAGCAGAGGCACUGGUACAGAGUCAAUAUAGAGCCAUUCGAAACAUGGUCCCAGUAAUGAGAUAUGAGGCAAGGACGAUUUUCGGGACUGUAAAGGGCAAGGAAGGUGCUACAGAACUGGAACUUUACGCUCGCGCGCCAGGAUUCGGCCUUCGUUGCUCCCAUCUCAUCUGGGAAAUGUGUCGAUGUGCCGGCAUUACCGAUCUCUCUGCUCGAGUCACUCGGGCUAGAAACCCGAUGAACACUGUGAAAGCCGCCUUUCAGGCUAUGAUGAGCCAGAAGGAUCCUGAAGACAUUGCAAGAGGAAGAGGCAAGAAGUUGGUCGAUGUAAGAAAAGUGUACUAUGCUGGAAAUGUAUAA